AUGUCUUGGGCAAAUUUGAAGAAAUUGUUUCCUCCAAAAAAGUUUUGGAAGUUGUUCAAAACAAACCUCCCUCUCAAGCUCCAAAAUAGACUCAAUAGAUCAAAAGCAACCAAGAAAAACACCAACACUUUAUCAUCUUACAAAGCUACCAAGAAAAAGAAGCUUGGCCUUUUGCCAUCCCUCUCCAUUCAACCCAAGAAGUUUAAGAAAAAUCCUAAAAGACACCACUCUUUAGUCGGCCCCCGUACAAAGCCGCCUCCCGUUUUUGUCGACCAACUUUUUAUCGAGCCCGUUUGCAUCGUCAAAAGACGUGAUCAUGUGCCGAUUGUGGAAAAGCAAGAAUUUUCCAGCAAGGAGACGCCAAGUUCGACGAGUAAUACAGACAAGGGUGAGGUUGUCGAGUUAAGCUUAGUUGAGGAACACCAUCACUGCGUGAUUAGCGCGGAUGAUAUGUGGGAGUCGGUAGGGGUAGAUUCGGCACAAAUGCACGGAAUUAACGAGAAGGCCGAUGAGUUCAUAUCUCGAUUUAGGGCCGAGAUGCGGCGUCAAGAGAUGCUUGCUCGUCGUUUGUAG